GGUGAAACGGACGGCUGCCGAGGUGUGCGUCAAAUAGAGAUCGCGAACCAUCGUUGUAUAAUACUUAGAUGCUAGAUGCUUUUGCGUGUGUGGAGAAGAUUUGCUGGUCUGGCUGUAUUGAUGGUACAGUUGAGUAGGAUCGAGAUUGCCGGUGAAGUGAGAGCAGCACACGCCCCAGUGAAUCCGUUCAGUGAAACGUCAGGGUCGAACCAGGGUCCACCGGGA